GUCAGAGCUGGUGCGGUGGAAGCCGCGGGUCUGGGUGACGUAAGAGUGGCACGAUGGAGGCGGCGGGGCUGCGUGGAGGCAGUGACACCUGCUAGCUAGGUGUGAAAGCUUAAUUAACAUUUCUAAUGGGGAUGUGUGACAGGUCCCCCUGCUCUGGCUAAGUCAUUCUUGCUUUGGUUCAGGCAUCCUAGCCAAGUGACCCUGACUGGUGCCAGCUUUGCUCUGCAAACUGUGAGAACCAUGCUGGCCUGCAUCUUCUCAGGGACCAAGGAGCCUCAGACACAUCUUAUCAGGAGAUAACAGUGCCCGCCAAAGACAGAAUUAGACAAAACUAAAACUAACUCAGCCGCACAUGUGCACAAACAAGGGCGGGGAUUUGACUACCAGUCCAUCGCUCCAUGCUAUAAAUGCCUGCACCCUCCCUGAGCCUGAGCCCACUGUCUCUCCGGGUCAGCGCUGCACGGUGGUCAUCUCCCCCUCGAGCUGGGACAUCUUCGGCGUUACUUCGUGAGGCUGGAAGACCCUCUACUCAGCAGUGGGUAGCUGCAGCGAGAUGUUGUGCCCAGAGGAGCUGGCUGUCCUGGAAGAUGAGGAUCUGAUUGACUUCCUCCUGAGCAAUGAUUCUCCCGGCCCUGAAAUCACAGGGCAGGAGAAUCAUCAGGCGGUUGAUUGGAGCCCGAUAGACGCUGAGCUGCUGGAUAAGGAGAUUGAUGACUUCAUGAGCUCCCUGCUGAGUGGCUUUGAAAACACCCCAGAGGCAGUGCAGGGUUUAUUGUCAGCUGACGGUGACAGCGGCUUUUCUGAGGAUCAGCAUCUGUCCCAGAGUCCUGGCAAUGACUUUGCCAGCAGCCUUUCGAAGGGCGUUGUGCAGGCUGAUCACAACUAUUCCCUUCAUCAGGAUUGUCCUGAGGUGGGAAGUGUGAGGUGUGAAACAUCAGAAGGUGUUUUCAUUGAUGUCGAGGCACAGAAGAGUUUGGAAGGCACAAGCAAGGAACUGGAAGAGAACAUUGUUGUUACUGUGGAUGCUGGACCCCAGCUUGAACCUGGAACCUUUGUGCAGACACCAACUGCUUCUGACUUCCCAGAGCUGGUCCUGACGAAGGAGGAGAAGCCGCUUCUGGGGAAAGAAGGUGUUGCAAUACCAGCCUGUCUGCCACUGUCAGAAGGUGAAGAGCAGCUUCUGAAGAAGGUGCGCCGUAAGAUUCGGAACAAGCAGUCUGCCCAUGACAGUCGUCACAGAAAGAAGAUGUAUAUGGAAGACCUGGAAAACAGGGUGGCAGCCUGCAUAGCCGACAACCGCAGGCUGGAGAAGAAGGUGAAGCUGCUGCAGGAGGAGAAUGCGUCGCUGCUCCAGCAGCUGUGGAAACUGCAGUCCUCGGUGAGCGAAUCCAUCACCAAAACCACCGCAGGAAAAACCUGCACCUUGAUCAUGGGUUUGUCCUUCUGCCUCAUUGUGUUCCCCAACGUCCGCUCUGCCAGGAACAGGGAGACACAGCUGGAACUUAGAGUGCGCUCACGCCGGAUCCGUCAGUCACCAAGGCAGGCAGCACCUACCAUGCAAGUGAACCCUGUGCUGGAGGGGCUUGGCCCAGAGUUUGAGGACCCCUUGCUGUUAAGCCAACUUAAUCAAUUGUUGGAAGAGGAGCAGAGUCUACUCAGCCAUGAUCCCAGAGCUCCUUUCAAUACCAACUUGUCCUUUGACUCCCAGAUGGCAGCAGGCUUGGAGCUGGGCCUUCCCCAGCCUCAGGAGGAGCACUCCCAGAGCAACCCAUUGGAGGCAGCUGCGGCGUGGAGAGUCAACGAGCAGGAGUGGGUGAAACAUGCUGCUGGAGCUGUCUUCCAGCAGCACCACUUUGAUGAGAUGUGACCACCACUGCCUCCUGCACCUCAGAGUGAUGCAGGGCACCUUGCUGGGCAGAGAAGAAAGCUGCAUUAACAGAUAAUCUGUCAAAGCAGAUUCUUCUCAAUACUAUGCUGGUUGCUGGCAGCUCAGAGGGUUUGCUAGGAAGGCAUCAUUUUAGGGCUGACCUGUUCUGCCACUCCCACUCUAUAGCUAGACUCUCUCUGAGACGGGAUAACGAACUUUGGGAACUUUGCUGCAGCUGCAGCAGGGUGGGCCUGCAUCCUGAGGUGUAUCCCAUAGUUUGCAGGGAUGGGCAGUGCAUGGAGGAUGAAAGCAGUAAAGCCUGAGGUCUCCCUACUUGAUCUGACUGGAUGUCAUUGGUGAUUGGAAGCCACUACCUUACUUACUCCCUGCAUAGAUAGAGAUGGACAGGCUGGGCCCUGUGCUUGUGUGCAGGUGCUCACAGGCAUCUGUCCCUUGUCCCUUCCCCUUAAUCCUGGUGUGUUGCCUUAUAUCUAGGAGCAAGAUAGUGAACUGAUUUUAGUGCCCUCACAGGGAAUUGUCCUACCAUUGGGACAGACCCUGUUGUGUCACCUGUUCCUGCUAGUUUUUGAGCCAUGGACACAGCUUCUGGGCUGGCUAGAGAAGGUAAUGUGAAGUCCUUCUUGAGCCAUGUCUGCUGUUUCCCAUCCACUGAGCCUCUUAUCUCCCACAGCCCUGGGAGUUGAGCCUCUGGGCCUGGAGGAGAAGGCAUGUCUUGAAGCUGGCUGCUGAGAAGACAUGGAGCAUAGAGCAGCAGAGCUGUUUGCUCUUUGGAAGUCUUUCCUGACCACAGGACUGUUCCAAGCUUUGCCAUGCUGGCCAGUGAUGCAGUGAGCUGGUAGUAGUUGCUCCCCGGGGCUGAGCAGAAAAACUCUUAAGCAUCUUUCCUUAUCUUUUAGACACAUCAUAGAAUCAUACGGAGCUGGAAGGGACCUUUAAAGCUCAUGUAGUCCAAGCCUCCUGCAAUGAACAGGGCCAUCUAGAAGGAUUGGACCAGAUGAUCCAUGAGGUGCCUUCCAUCCUGACAUUAUAAUAAUUAUUUCCUUAUUAGUAACAUUUAAAUAAAUAGUGAUGUUCUGCAA